AUGCAGGCAUUACGUGUAGAAUUGGCAAAACUUAAAAUGCAGGUUGAGAAUGCCCAUAAGAUCUCAGACUUAGACACAUCAGCCAACGGGUACAUGAUCGAAGACAUCUACUACAUAGAUAAUAACUUGUACUCGAACGUGUCCAAUUCGGGGUGGAGGAAUCAUCCAAACUUCUCGUACAAGAAUUCUUCCAACGUCUUGAAUACUCCCCAUGGAAAUUUUGGUGGUCCGUCUAAUCAAGGUCUUUCUCAAGGACAUCAACCUCGACCUCGAGCUCUCCCACAACAUCAGAAUCAGGCCGUUCAACACUACCUAUCACCUCUUCAAUCUCAGCAAAAAUACGCUCCGUCUCCGCCUCCACCACAGGUAGAUUUUGACCUCGAUCUUAAGUCUAUGUUCGCACAGCUUAUGCAGGAUCAAGAAGUCAUUCGCACCAAGAUGCGUGAACAUCAACAUAAGAUCGACGCCCAUUUCAAGCUUGUCGAUAACCAGAUAGCUCAACUCGCAACCUCUAUACCUUCGCGACCUCAAGGAUCACUUCCCGGAAAACCCGAGACAAAUCCUAGAGAGAUCUGCAAUGCAGUGUUCUUGAGAAGUGGGAAGCAACUUGGGGAUGUCGUCCCUUCUACUCCUGAAAAAGGUGAGUCUUCUAACUCUAGAUAUGCGAUCACCUCUAACAUUCAGUUUGCAGAUACUUCAAUUAAGAUGACGUGUAAGGAAGAACCAAAGUAUGUACCCCCACCUCCCAGACCUCCUCCGAUUCCAUUCCCUUCACGACUUGUGCAACACAAAGAGGCCAGUCAAUUUAAGCGCUUCACAUACAUGAUAAAGCAACUGGAGGUCACAAUGCCUUUUCAUGCGGUAAUCACUCAAAUGCCCUCUUAUGCCAAAUUUCUCAAGGAUAUUCAGGCUAGGAAGAAGACAAUGGAGAAGGAGAUAGUAGCAUUGACCAAAGAGUGCAGUGCCGUUUUUCAGCACGAUCUGCCCCGUAAGAUGGCAGACCUAGGUAGUUAA